AUGCCUUCAGUAGGCAAAUCUCCAGGGAGAGACUUUCCUGCUUAUGCAGUGACUGUGGGCCUGGGGCGGUGCAGGAGCAGUAUAAAAGCAGGACCUUCUCCUCACACUCUCAUCCACUCCUCUCACCUCCAUCUCCUUGAGAACAAGGUGCAUCUGCAGCCCCAAGCCAUGUCCUGCUACAGCCCGUGCCGGCCCUGCCAGCCCUGUGGCCCCACCCCGCUGGCCAACAGCUGCAAUGAGCCCUGUGUCAGGCAGUGCCAGGACUCCACCGUGGCCAUCCAGCCCUCGGCCGUGGUGGUGACCCUGCCCGGGCCCAUCCUCAGCUCCUUCCCACAGAACACCGUGGUGGGAUCCUCCACCUCUGCUGCUGUUGGCAGCAUCCUCAGCUCUCAGGGAGUGCCCAUCAGCUCUGGGGGCUUUGGCCUCUCUGGCCUGGGCAGUGGCCUCUGUGGCAUCAGGGGCGUCCCCUGCUGA